ACGCGCCGCGCGAGACGUUUCCAGCGGCGGCUGAGCUAAACGGCUGCGGACUACUCUUCCCGACGCGCCGCGCGAGGCGCCCCCGGCGGCGGGCCGAGGGCGGGCCGACGCGGGAAGCUCCGGACGUGAGGCAUGAGCGGCGCCCUCCCCCGGCCCGCGCGCGUCCUGCUACUUCCCCGAGCGAGGGUCGCACGGUGCGGGGCCUAGCGGCGGGCAUCUCGAGCCCUCCGCGUGCGCAGGGGCUGCUGCGGCCGCGCCGGGCGCCGGUGAGGGCGGCGGCCACCAUGGAGGUGAGCGGGCCGGAAGACGACCCCUUCCUGUCGCAGCUGCACCAGGUGCAGUGCCCCGUGUGCCAGCAGAUGAUGCCCGCCGCGCACAUCAACUCGCACCUGGACCGCUGUCUGCUGCUCAACCCCGCGGGGCACGCGGAGCCCACGGCCGGGCCGCACCGCUCCGGGGAGCGGGCCAAGGGGCUCUCGCCUCCCAGCGCCAAGAGGCGGCGGCUCUCCGAGAGCUCGGCGCUGAAGCAGCCGGCCACCCCGACGGCGGCCGAGAGCAGCGAGGGCGAGGGCGAGGAGGGCGACGACGGCGGCGAGACCGAGAGCCGGGAGAGCUACGACGCGCCGCCCACGCCCAGCGGCGCCCGCCUCAUCCCCGACUUCCCCGUGGCCCGCUCCAGCAGUCCCGGGAGGAAGGGCUCGGGAAAGAGGCCGGCGGCCGCGGCCGCGGCGGCGGGCAGCGCGUCUCCGAGGAGCUGGGACGAGGCGGAGGCGCAGGAGGAGGAAGAGGCGGUGGGCGAUGGCGACGGGGACGCCGACGCGGACGGCGAGGACGACCCGGGCCACUGGGAUGCGGACGCCGCCGACGCCGCCGCCUUCGGGGCCAGCGGUGGGGGCCGCCCGCACGCCCGGGCGCUGGCGGCGGAAGAGAUUCGGCAGAUGCUGGAGGGCAAGCCGCUGGCGGAUAAGAUGCGCCCAGACACGCUGCAGGACUACAUCGGGCAGAGCAGAGCCGUGGGGCAGGAGACGCUGCUCCGGUCCCUCUUGGAGACGAACGAAAUCCCCUCCCUCAUCCUGUGGGGCCCGCCGGGCUGCGGCAAGACCACUCUGGCUCACAUCAUAGCCAACAACAGCAAGAAACAUAGCAUAAGAUUUGUGACAUUGUCUGCAACAAAUGCCAAGACAAAUGAUGUGCGAGAUGUCAUAAAACAAGCUCAGAAUGAAAAGAGCUUUUUCAAAAGGAAAACCAUCCUUUUUAUUGAUGAGAUUCAUCGGUUCAAUAAAUCUCAGCAGGACACUUUCCUUCCUCACGUGGAAUGUGGGACGAUCACUCUGAUUGGGGCAACCACGGAAAACCCUUCCUUCCAGGUCAAUGCUGCCCUCCUAAGCCGCUGUCGGGUUAUUGUUCUUGAGAAGCUUCCCGUAGAGGCAAUGGUGACUAUUUUAAUGCGGGCGAUCAACUCACUGGGAAUCCACGUCCUAGACUCCAGCCGUCCCACUGACCCUCUGAGCCACAGCAGUAACAGCAGUUCAGAGCCGUCCGUGUUCAUAGAGGAUAAAGCAGUAGACACUCUGGCUUAUCUUAGCGACGGGGAUGCCCGAGCUGGACUGAAUGGACUACAGCUGGCAGUGCUGGCCAGGUUAAGCUCGAGGAAGAUGUUCUGUAAGAAAAGUGGGCAAACCUAUUCUCCCAGUAGAGUUCUGAUCACUGAAAAUGAUGUGAAGGAAGGCCUCCAGCAAUCUCAUAUUUUAUAUGACCGAGCAGGAGAAGAGCAUUACAACUGCAUCUCUGCGCUUCAUAAGUCAAUGCGGGGCUCAGACCAGAGUGCCUCCCUCUACUGGCUCGCGCGCAUGCUUGAAGGAGGAGAGGACCCGCUGUAUGUGGCCAGGAGGCUGGUGAGGUUUGCCAGUGAGGACAUAGGUCUGGCAGACCCUUCUGCAUUAACACAAGCAGUUGCUGCCUACCAAGGCUGUCAUUUUAUAGGCAUGCCCGAAUGUGAGGUGCUUCUGGCCCAGUGUGUAGUCUAUUUUGCCAGAGCCCCCAAGUCCAUUGAGGUGUACAGCGCCUACAACAACGUCAAAGCAUGCCUGCGAAACCACCAGGGGCCCCUGCCCCCCGUCCCACUGCACCUGAGGAACGCGCCCACCAGGCUGAUGAAGGAUUUGGGCUACGGCAAGGGCUACAAGUACAACCCCAUGUACAGCGAGCCUGUGGAUCAAGAAUACCUGCCGGAGGAAUUGAGAGGAGUCGAUUUCUUUAAGCAAAGGCGAUGCUGACUCUCGUAGGCUGUGACAGCAGAUGGAUAGGUCUGUUUUUUUUAAGGAGAGCAAGAGUAACUGAAUUGUGAAGUCGGUUGCCCGGUGGAAGUUAAAUGAGACCAACAUUUUGUGCCAGAAAUCUCAGAGUUCCUUAGGUGGAGGCACACGUACUUCAACUAAAUGUGUAACAUUGAAAUUGUGUUCAUUUGCACUCUGUGCAAUGGUUAUGCUUAUGAAAAUAUCUGGCAGCUUUGUGCAAUGAAUUAAUGUUAUAAGGAAUUAUCUAUUUUGUCAUAGUAUUUAAGUCAUAAUGUCAUUUCAGAAUUCAGUUCUGUAGGAUUCUUUUUCUUUAAAAGAUGUAUAUUCAGGGUAGUUUGAAUUGGUAAAAAAAUGUAAUUGUGAUUUAAUACUGCAUAGUGUUUUGGGUAUUUUUUUUAUAUGCAAAGGUCUUAUGAGCCAAUAAAACUAUUUCAAAGUACUCU